AUGCGAGUUGACUCAUCCGAAAUAACCGUUAAUGGUUCGAUGUCUGCAUCGGCUUUUGCAGCAUGGUUGCUGCGCAUCGGAGACGAAGCUAUUGGUGUACCAGACAAGGACGACCCACAAGACUCGAGCUUCAUCGAAAUUCCAGAUUCUCUCCUGAUAAAACCAGGAUCUGAGUCUCUGAAAACCCUUAUACACUUUGUUUAUGGAGAUACCACACUUACAACCCCAACCGUGGCUGACCUUUUAGUGAAAGCAAUUGUGUCACUUACGAAUGAUACAGCUGAUGACAUAAAUGAACAGAUCAUAAAGAUGGUUACAUCGGACGGAAGAACGUAUAACAGUUUAGAUACAAUCCAACCAAAUGGAAAAUAUAUGUCAGAUUUCGAAGGCCUAUAUCCGAUUGAAUACCUAAACCACUUAACCUUUCCAGGAAUACCCCCGCAUGAACUGAAACUCAAAAUACAUUGUCCAAUAAUGCUCUUACGAAACAUCAACCAAAAACAAGGCUUAUGUAAUGGCACAAGUUUGAUAGUUUCCCAGUUGCUACCAAACGUAAUUAAAGCAACAAUCAUGACUGGAACUUGCAUUGGAAAACGUGUAUACAUACCACGUAUAAAGUUUAUACAUAAGUCGCUAGACAUACCCUUCACUUUCUCACGAAAACAGUUCCCAUUGAAAGUCUGCUAUGCAAUGACAAUCAAUAAGAGCCAAGGGCAAUCUUUGCGUAGAAUUGGAGUUUACUUACCACAACCUGUCUUUUCACACGGUCAACUUUAUGUCGCCCUUUCACGAGCAACGUCACCAGAUUCGAUAAAAAUACUACUAUAG